GGGUUUUUUAUGGGGAGGCGGCGCCUGCCUCACGUAGUGUGAUAUUUUCACAGUCGGCUGGCCGAUGCCAAAGGGGUUGGAGAGGAAGAGACAAAAAGUAGUUUUUCCCCUCCUCCUUCUCCUUUCUCUUACUAAUCCCGCCUCCUCCUCAGAGUUAGGAAGACUCGUUGAUGCGUUUGGGUUGUAGCUAGGCUUUUUCUGUUCUUUCUUUCUUUUCUUUUUUUUUUAAGUAUCUGGAAAAGGACAAGAACCCUCGGAUCUGAUUUUUCGCUCCUCGUUCUAGUGCUUGGUUCUUACUGUGUUUGUGUGUUUUAAAGGCCAGAAGACGAGGGGAACAAAACCCGCCGGAUCCAUCCAUCACUGGGUGGUUUUAAUUUUUCCUUUUUCUCAUUAAUUUUUUUAAACCACCAGUCUGCACGAUGAACAAACUGUAUAUCGGAAACCUCAGCGAGAACGCCGCCCCCUCGGACCUAGAAAGUAUCUUCAAGGACGCCAAAAUCCCGGUGUCGGGACCCUUCCUGGUGAAGACGGGCUACGCGUUCGUGGACUGCCCGGACGAGAGCUGGGCCCUCAAGGCCAUCGAGGCGCUUUCAGGUAAAAUGGAACUGCACGGGAAACCCAUAGAAGUUGAGCACUCGGUCCCAAAAAGGCAAAGGUGAGCUUAUAUUCUGUUUUCACCGAUUCUCUUCCCACUCCAUUACUGGGAGG